UGGCGGACGAAGCGCCUCCUCCGCUACAUCUCGCGACGUUUCGCGGGAUCAGGACGUGGAAGAGGCCGGCGGCUUCGGCGAUGGAGUAUAUCACGACGCCCAAGGUAGAAAAUGUCAAGCUGCUAGAUCGUUAUACCAACAAGAAAGCAGCAAAUGGGACACUAUAUUUGACGGCUACUCAUCUGAUCUAUGUGGACACCUCAACUGACGUUCGAAAAGAGACAUGGGUCCUCCACCACCACAUAGCUACCGUGGAGAAGUUACCACUGAAUGCGUCUGGCUGCCAGCUGCAAAUUCAUUGCAAGAAUUUCCGCGUAGCUCGCUUUCUGAUGAUGCAAGAACGAGAUUGCCAUGAAGUCUAUACCUCUUUGCUGAAGCUCUCACAACCAGUGAAACCUGAAGAACUUUACGCCUUCUCUUACAACCCCAAAAUGCCUGAAGGCAGCCGAGAAACAGGCUGGAAGUCAAUAGAUGUCAAAGCAGAUUAUCUGCGGAUGGGCAUUGACAACAGCUCUUGGGAAAUCAGCAAUGUCAACAAGGAUUACGAGGUUUGCAGCACCUAUUCUCGGGAACUAGUCGUGCCUAAAAUGGCUACUAGGGCAAUGAUCUUGGGAAGCGCGAAGUUUCGAAGCCGAGGUCGGAUACCUGUGCUUUCCUACUUCUACAAAGAGAAUAACGCCACCAUCUGCAGAUGCAGCCAGCCUUUGUCUGGAUUUAGUACUCGCUGCCUGGAAGAUGAACAGCUGCUGCAAGUGAUUAGGGAAGCCAAGGCAGGGAGUCGCUUCAUGUACGUGGUGGACACAAGGCCAAAGUUGAACGCCAUGGCUAACCGAGCUGCUGGAAAGGGCUAUGAGAAUGUGGAUAAUUACGAAUGCAUCCGUUUUAAAUUCAUCGGCAUUGAAAACAUCCAUGUGAUGAGGAGCAGCCUGCAGAAACUCCUGGAAGUGUGUGAAGCAAAGUCUCCUUCGAUGAGCGACUUCCUUACAGGACUUGAAAAUUCAGGCUGGUUGCGACACAUUAAAGCUGUGUUGGAUGCUGGAGUCUUCCUGGCCAAGGCAGUUAGAGAUGAGGGUGCCAGUGUGGUGGUGCACUGCUCAGAUGGCUGGGAUCGCACAGCCCAAGUCUGCUCUCUAGCUUGUCUCCUUCUAGAUCCUUUUUAUCGGACGUUAAAAGGAUUCAUGGUUCUGAUAGAGAAGGAGUGGAUUGCGAUGGGCCAUAAAUUCUCACACAGGUGUGGCCAUCUUGAAGGAGAUCCCAAGGAGGUGUCUCCCAUCUUCACACAGUUCCUUGAAUGCACCUGGCAGCUCAUGCAACAGUUUCCUUGUGCAUUUGAAUUCAAUGAGCGACUGCUUCUUGAAAUUCACGAUCAUGUCUAUUCCUGCCAGUUUGGCAACUUUCUAGGAACCUGUCAGAAGGAUCGAGAAGAUCUAAAAAUCUUUGAGAAAACACAUUCCCUGUGGCCUUUUCUUCUUCAGAGGAAGCCGGAAUUCAGAAAUCCAAUCUACAAGGGAUACACUGCUUACACAUCUCUCCAGCCCAAUACGCUUCCGUUCAGUUUCCAGUUCUGGUGCGGCAUGUAUAACCGUUUUGAUAAAGGGAUGCAUCCCAAACAAUGUAUUCUGGAUCAUCUGCUUAGCUGCACCAGCCAGAAUUUGCAGUUGGAAAACAACGCUGCAGACCUGGAACACAAAUUGCCUCUCUCGGAUGGGCUCCUGCCAAAUGAAACACCUGCCUUCUCCAAAGGGGUUGCCUCUUCGCUGGACAGUUCCAUUUCCCCUAUGGUCAACACCCCCCAGGACUAUGAAACCCCUGUGCUGCUGGCCAAUGGCACUGUCGGUGGAAGAGAAGGCGACAGACCAGACGGGCAGGUGAUAAGCCAACUGGGUCUCUCUCCCCCCGACACCCCAAACGGCAAUGGCUGCAGCCCAACCACCAUCCACAGCGUACCUUUCUGGGGUAGUGAUCAAGCAGAUCUCCAGAGGGCCUGAAGCUGCUGGACCUCCAUCUUUGCUGGAAGAGUCAUAGCAAAGAGGCAAUAAAGUCUGUGAGAUCCGUGACUCUGUGCUGGGAACACCAGCUCACUGACAUGUGGCUUAGUGUUGUAUUCUGUGUUCUCAAGGUGGAGGAGGACAGAGCCCAGUGGGGACUUUGGGGCAAACUCCCAAAGGUUGCGGGUGACGUUGAUUUAGGGGCUGCCACAGUUCAUUCAAGCCAAAAAGAUUUCCCAAACAUUUGUUUGUGGGGAGGGGACAGAUGUGCACUCAGCCAAUUGAUGCUAUUGUCGGGUUUCAUGGCAGGUUAUCUUUUUUAAGGGGGGGAGAAUUUAGAUAGAUAAAGGAUGCCUGCAUCAAUGCAUUUCAAAAGAGUGCUCCCAACUCCUUGAGUUCCACCAGAGGGCAGGGUCGCUUCUGGGUAGACCCCCUCAUCCUUCUAUGAGCCUCUUUCUCUUUACUAAGUUAGAAUUCCCAUUUGGUCCAACUGUUGGCAAGGUGACUUUAAUUGUUGUGAUGCAGUAUUUGGAGUGUGGGUUUUUGUCUUUGCAAGACUUCCUGUCUCUUGUGUCUUUUGUUUAACUCUCCUGAACUUGUCGUUUUGUCUCUUCAGAGUCCAUGGCCUUGAAUGUGUUUGUGGCAUGUUAGGAUAAAAACUUAAUGCAUCUGCAAAUAUCAUAAUGGUUCAUUUAUCAUGUGGUGUCACUUUGGAGAACUUGGCCGUAGAAGGUGUAUCAGAACUGGGGGAAGAAUUAAAAAAGACUGAGUCCGCUUGUGGCUACAUAGGGAUUCUAGGCUGAUCCCUCUUUUAACCCCGCCCCCAGGUUCUGCAAUUCCUUCUCUUACUUUAUCCAAGUUACAAAGCAUCUUCCUGCUCCUCCUUAGCAGCAAAGCUUCCACAAAUUGAACACCCGGCUUCAUGCAUAAUGCGCUUGCCUGAAGUUUCACUAAGAGUUCUGACCUGGGCUAGAAUGCAUGUUCCAUGCAUGUUUUGAACCAAAAGGAAACCCGCACUUCCUGUUUUGUUAUUUAGGGCAGGGCUUAAUGCCAGCAAGGAAACACUGAGCAGAGACAGCGCUCUGAAGUCUGACUCUGAAGUCCACUAACAGAAGCACAUGCAGAAUCUAUGUUCCUUUCUGCUUAGUGAUGCAGAUGAAAAAUCUUCUUGGGAGAAAACACUCUUAAUAUUCUCUGAAACAAGAAAAUGACAAUAGAUUUUAUGAAGAUCCAUCUCCUUCAAAAAGAUGAGACAAAAGACUUGAGAACGUCCUGAAUCAAGAAUUCCAGCUCUGAGUUAGCUUACAGCUUCAAAAAUGCUUGAGAAAUAACAGUUUUCCCUCGAUAAAUAAUUAGUUCUUCCAACCUAUUUUUUUUUUGGAUCCUGCACAUCUAUACUGUAUCUUCCAUUUUCUGCUGCAUCAGUGGAUCAGAUCACAAUAACAUUCCCCAGUUUUUUAGUAAAGCAAAUGACAUUCCUAAGGAGAAACAUCUUGGCGUUCUUGUUCCAACCUAUGUGGGUGUUUCUUGGAAAAAGUCAGCCAUUGCUCUUCAGCUGCCUUUGGUGCUCAGUUUCAGGAUGUCAUUUUACACACACGGCCCUUCAUGGAAAUACUGUCUUCUUUAUGAAAGCAAAUGGACUUGAAACCUUGCAGGGCAAAAUCCUGGAAUCAGGCAGCUUUCAGAAUGUGUAAGUGCAUUUCAGAAGACAGUGUUUAGCAACCUUCUUUCAAGGAAGCGUGUGUGCACAUAUGUGUGUAUGCAUAUGCUCACACCAUCAUUGUCUUCAUUGCGGCACUUCGAAAUUCCCUGGAAUACUGUUAUGCAGUAUGCCUAUUGGCAUGGUUUGAAUGGUUGUAAGCAAAAUAUCUGAAAUAUUUUUGGUUAUAGCAUCCCAGUAAUCUUAAUCAUCUGAUGAACUCACAAUAGUGCAGGAAGAGAAUUUUACCAGCUGCAUGAUUGCUUGUCCAUUUUAAAGGAUUUGCGUUGUUAUGUGUGUCUGUGUUGUCAAACAACAUCCUUGUUGACGUCUGUGAUGUUUUUUAUACUGCAAAGCCUAACAAAUUUUAAAGUGAACAUCUAGAGAUUUCUUUUGAAAAGGUUCACUGGUUUCCUUUUGCAGAUAGUUAAAAGUGCGUUGCAUAUCCAGGCUGAAAUAUUUUUACAGUCCCUAUAAAGUUUGACUGGCUGUAUUUUCGUCUUGCAAGAUUGUCUAAAACCGUGGAAUCAGAGACUUUUGAUAACUCAUCCUGAAUGUGUGUCUUGAGUCCACUUGAAGCCCUGCUAAAAUAAAAGUAGAAAUAUUAGGAGAUUAUAGUUGUGUAUAUAAAGAUAUAUUACUGCAAGUCUUAUGGUAAAUUAAAUUUGUAAGUAUUUUUUUUUAAUUUCUUAUGAAAAUAAUAAAUUCCUCGCGUUUCUAAAAUGAGUCAGGGAUGGUUUCUUGGAUCCAUGUUGUAUUUGAGACCAUUUUAAAUAAGAUCGGCUUUGAAGACAUUCUGAGCCCAGCACGUAUUCCAGAAAGGAUUUUUUCACAGUUGAGUUUUUCUAGGUAAAGGAUUUUUUUUUGUCCUUACCAUAGAACAUUCUUAACAACUAUGGCAAGAAAGUUGUAAAAUGGAGCAAAGUUCACUUAGCAAGCGUCUCAUUUAGCAACAUCUGGAAUGGUAUAGGGUCUCUUGAAAAUCUCCAGAGACUCUUCCAACUCUUUUAUUCUGUAUUUUGAAUGUUGUGCAGUAGGCCCUUUCUGGGGGCACCUCCACUGGUCAUUGUGCUGGAUGAGAUAGAGUUGAUCUUGUGCACCACAAAGUUAUUAUGAGACUGAAUGCAAAUAUGGCUUCAAUCUAGAAGAGAUUCAUUCCCACGGUCAGAACUGGAGCGGAAAGAAGGGCAGGGGGCCUUCUAAUGAGACUCACCUUCUAUCCAUUCCACUGGCUAAACUGUAUUCUGAACUCCUAGCUUUGGACCUCUUAUGGAUAGUUGUCCCUAAGUCCUUGUAGAGAAAGUUUCUAUUUUUACAUCUAGUCCCAUGGAACUAGUUUGAAAAACCUUACACUAAAGCAGGGCUGUGAAACCUGCCGCCCACAGGCCGGAAGCAUCACGCGUGGCCACGCCCAUUCCUGCUUUAGCAAAGGAAAAAAGUCCCGAUACAUCACGUGACACUGCUGUGAUGACACAAGUUUGACAGCCCUGCACUAGAGCCUCUGUGACAGACUAUCGUGCUUAAAACUUGCCCUCAGGAGUUUAACAUCAAUUAUUCUUUCCCAAGAUAUAGGACAGUCUUAUUUUAUGUGCUUUAUUGAAUAGCCAACACUAAUGCAGAAGACUCUGGGUUCAGUUUAAGAUUUUCAUUGCUGGGUUUACUGUUCUACUUUGUAUUGUGAAACUCAAAUGAACAUUUAUCUGUACAGAUGGUCUUCUACUUAUACCCACAACUGAGACCAGAAUUUCUGUUGCUAAGCAAACAUGGUUCUUAAAUAAGUCACACCCGGUUUUACAAUAUUUUUUUUGCCAUGCUUGUUAAGAGAAUCAGUUGUAAAGUGAAUCUUGUAGUUGUUUAAUGAAUCCGGCUUCCCCUUUGCUUGUUGGAAACCUGCUAGGAAGGUUCAUAUGAUCAUAUGGGAUGCUGCAGUCAUAAAUAUAUGCUGGUUGCCAACCACCCAAAUUUUCAUCAUAUGGGGAUGCUACAAUGGUUCUAAGUGCAAGGACCAAUUGUAAGUCACUUUUUUUCAGUUCCGUUGUAACUUCAAAAGUUUGCUAAAUUAAUGUUUAUAAGUCAAGGACUACCUCUAAUUUAGAAAAAGCAGUUCUUCCAGUGCCGUGUUUUUAAACUUCAUCAGUUUUAGGAUGUGUGGACUUCAACUCCCAGAAUUCCCCAACCAAUGCCAAUAAAUGUUCAAUAUUGAUGUCGAUUUUAUUGUGGUUCCAAAUUUUUAGUAAUUUUUUGAAAAUAUAAAAUGAAGUCUCGUAACCAUCGUUUAUAAAAUAAGUCAAACUCAGUGAUAUAAAUUAAGAGAGAGAUAUACAUUCUUCUUGGCAACUGAUAAAUUGAAAACCAAAAAUGCUUUGAAUGAUCUUUUAAAAGAGAUCUAAACUGACAUUUUCUUUGGGGGAGGGAGAGAAAUUUACAAGCAGCAGAAUCAACUUGGAGAAGCUCCUAUCCAAAGAAGAAGGAAGGAAGAAAAAGAAAAGGGGAGGAGGAGAAUGGAGCUGGAAGGGACUAUGGAUGUCUUUUAGCCAGCCCCCUGCUCAAGCAGGAGAACCUAUACCAUUUCAGACAAAUGACUGUCCAGUGAUGGAGCACCCAUAACUUCUGAAGGCAAGCUGUUCCACUGGUUAAUGGUUCUCACUGUCAGGAACACUGUUUCUCCAGGUUGCUUCUCUCUGGUUAGUUUCCUUCCAUUGCUUCUUGCCUUGACUUCAGGUGCUUUGGAAAAUAAGUUGACCCCCUCCUCUUUGUAGCAGCCACUCACUGUGGAUCUUUGUGGGAUUGAGAUUCUUGGGUGGGCACACAUUUUGAAAGAGAGGUAAGGCAGCUGAGAAUUGGUCUAAAAGUAUUCCUGGCCUUUCUGCACUAUAAAUACAUGUCACUUGGCAUUUGUUUGAUUUUUUUAAAAAGUGAAUUGCAUCUGUGACAUGUCUCACAGAAGUCAUUUGCUGAAGCUCUGAUCAUUAAUGGUGGUGGACUACCACAGAGAGGGUUUAGGAGAUUUUCACGCCAACCUAUCAAAACAAUGUUUCCCUGCUUGUAAUAUGUGAGAAAAUGAAUUCCUGAAAAAUAUAUUUGGUUGAUCUGUCCCCGCAUCUGCAUCUCUGCCAAAAAGCUAUUUUUUAAAGUUUUUCAGAAAUUGGUCUCUAACGUGACUCUGAAGAAAAGAGUAAAGAUGUACUCAAUUCAGCUCAUGACUCCAUGGGCACAAUUAGUUAUCUUAGCAGCAAUAUGGACUCUGAUUUUUGUGUUUUUUUCUUAUGCAUUGAUUCUGAUUUUGUUGCAUAUUUCCCAGGCUUAAUGUUUCAGUAUCUAAUUAUUCAUUCAGUAUUACUCAGCACUUUUCCCUGCUAAGAUAAAUGUCAUCAUUAAAAUAACAAGAUAGGUUUAUACACCAAAUUACCAAGUUGAUAGACAAAUAUCACACCUCAAUUGAGACCAUCACCUCCCUGUAUAGAUGGGACUACAAUUCCCUUUGCCUCCCUUAGUGAGCCAGUUUGCUUCAUGUUGUUAGGAAGUGUAAUCCCAACAUUUGGAAUUUAGUUGGUAUUAAAUUUGUGGUUCAGCAUCUGGUGACAUGAAUCAUAUCAAUACUGCUAUUUUAAAACCUUAAAUUAUGUUAUCGAGUUUAAGCUUUAAGUGGCAAAGUAAUUUUUCGGUGCUUCAUUUGGCUCCAAUCUCACAUUAAAUUGAUCUUCAAAAGCUACUGGUAAGCAGGGUUGGAAUUAAUGCUUCAACAGGCACUAGAUGUUGAAAGCAAUAGCAAGCCUCUUUCAUAGUGUGGCCAAAAAAAAUUGGUAUCGUAUCUCUAGAAGCCAAGAAGCUGUGCUUAACAUACCUACUUUUAUUUAGAAUAUUUCAGGCAUCUGGUGUCUUGGACUGUGCUCUCCAAAUGCUGAGAUAAUCAUGGAGUGAUAAUGUGCUCGAGACACUUGCUUAUUUUUCUAAAUUAGGAAUGCAGUUGUUAUCAUAGCAUGAAAAUACCCUACGUUUAAAACAACUUGGCAUUGGACUACACGAUGGAGAUCAACAGGAAAGCUUUUCCUGUAUUUAUCCAUUUAAAUGAGCAAGAGCAAAGUUAUUCUUUGGAGAAAGAUAAUAAUGCAGCAUAUAAAUUCCUAGCCUCAAAUGCAUUGGAUUCCAGAAUGUGCUAUUCUAUCAUGCCCCCUAUAGGAUAUGAGCUGCAACUGCAGACAUCAACAUGGACCAGCUCUUUGGGGAAUAACAUUUCCCCAACUUCUGGCAACUGAAGGCGAAAAUUGCACAUUCAUGGAAGUACCAAAGCUACCCACUCAAAUGCUUUUAGAUGUGUUGCAGACUUGAGAACAGCCUGGCCAACUCAUACUUGGAUUGUGAUUCAGGUCUUCUUGUGUGGUACAACUGUUAGUCUUAUGAAUCCUAUUGACAACCAGAAAAGGUUAGCUGGCUUUGAAAUCCUCCUUUUGGUUUGCUCUUUGCUCUCCCACACAGUGCAAAUGCCUGACUGUGAGACUGGAGAACUUUGGAGGUAAAUGGAAAACCACAACAGUGUUUUGGAAACGCAGAGAACAAGGCUAGAAGGAAGGUCCAUGUGAUGCAACCCACCUAUCAGUCAGAUAACUACUGAAGUUCACAGAUGACACAACAGUGAUCGGUCUCAUUCGAGACAAUGAUGAAUCCGCAUACAGAUGGGAGGUUGAACUCGUGGUGCGACCGGAACAAUCUGGAACUGAACACACUCAAAACCCUAGAAAUGGUGGUAGACUUUAGGAGAAACCGUUCCAUACUUCCACCUCUUACAAUAUUAGACAACACAGUAUCAACAGUAGAAACCUUCAAAUUUCUAGGUUCUAUCAUAUCGCAAGAUCUAGAAUGGACAGCUAACAUCAAAAACAGCAUCAAAAAAGCACAACAAAGAAUGUUCUUUCUGCGUUCAACUCAAAAAGCUUGAACUGCCCAAGGAGCUGCUGAUACAGUUCUACAGAGGAAUUAUUGAGUCUGUCAUCUGCACCUCCAUAACUAUCUGGCUUGGUUCUGCAACCCAACAAGAAAGACACAGACUUCAGAGGAUCAUUAGAAUGGCAGAAAAAACCAUGGCUACCAACCUGCCUUCCAUUGAGGAUCUGAAUACUGCACGAGUCAAAAAGAGGGCUGUGAAAAUAUUUACAGACCCCUCGUAUCCUGGACAUAAACUGUUUCAACUCCUACCCUCAAAACGACGCUAUAGAGCACUGCACACCAGAAUAACUAGACACAAGAACAGUUUUUCCCUGAAUACCAUCACUCUGCUAAACAAAUAAUUCCCUCAACACUGUCAAACUCUUUACUAAAUCUGCACUGCUAUUAAUCUUCUCAUUGUUCCCAUCACCAAUCUCCUUCCACUUAUGACUGUAUGACUGUAACUUUGUUGCUUGCAUCCUUACGAUUUAUAUUGAUACUGUUUCGUGAUUGCUUAUUUGUACCCUAUGAUUAUCAUUAAAUAUUGUAUCAUUAAGUGUUAAA